UUUGUCAUGCAUUCAGUUUUCGGUCGCCUUUUGAACGGGUUUUUCGAGGAGCGGAGCCGAGAACACGGCCAAAUGUGCGAUGUCCAUCAGCUGUCCGCAAGGCUGCUGAAAGUUGAUGCCCCACAUGAUGAAGACAGCCGACUCUGGCAGAGACAGCCCCAGCCAUAGCCACAGCCAGAAAGUCAAACUGCGAUUCGGACUGGGAUUCAGAUUCAGAUGCAGAUACAAAUUCAGCCGCAGGACCGGUCAAAAGCAACACCCAACUGUGUUUCCAAUUAAACGCCGCUUAGCCAAACAGCAAACAGCAAACCAAACAGCGGUGUCAGCGUCUGCGUCAGCAUCAGCAUCAGCCUCAGCCACGGCGACACAUGUGGCAUGCAACAACUUUCAGUGUUGCUUUACGGUUAGGACCGCACGCCGCUCACCGUUGCAGUUGCCAGGCGCCAACUGAACUUGACUCUUUAUGUGGCAGACAGAUGUGGAUGUGGAUGUGGAUCAAACGCGACUCGCACAAAGUGUGGAUACGGCCUGACAGAUUGAUGGCCAGCUGAUUGAUGGAUUGAUGCAUUGAGUGCUGAUUGAUUUAUGGUUGAUCGGCCAACGAGCGUAGUUAAUGAUUGUGAAAAUGUAUCGUUCACACUUUCAGCUCACUGAUUCAACGCCGAUUCAAUCAUUAGGAGUCCAUUCGUGCCGCACUAAUGAGUGGAACCGCUCGCGCAAAAAUGCUUAUUAGAUCAGUGAGCAAUCAGUGAUUGAGCUUCUGGCCAGACAGUCAGCAAUGCUCCUGCUGUGCCUGCUACUGCUCCAUGGCGUUCUGCUGGGAUCUGCUGCUCCCAGUCCGUACAGUAAGGGAGCAUCUGCAGAGCAAAUUCACCAACAUCAGCGUGGAGUACAAUGCGGAGUUUUUUGGCAGCAUCAGUGCCUGGCUGACACCGCAGGGUUACCUCAAUCUGGACAUUAAUCUGAAUCGAACAAUCAAGCCGGGGAUGCGCACCACCAUCACCCUGCUGCAGAGAGUGGAGGGUGGCUCCGAGUCCAAGCGAUUUCAGACGCUCUUCAGCUACGACAUGGACAUAUGCAGAACCCUCAAGGAGCUCCUACAGGCGAGCCUCAUGAAAGUGUGGCUCCGCAAUGUCUUCAAGUACGGACACUUUGCCACCCGCUGUCCCAUCAAGCCCGCCUUCUACGACCUGCGCAACUUUCAGAUGGAGAACCACAGCAUUCCUGGGUAUCUGCGACCCGGCUUCUAUCGCGUCCACGACACCAACUACUAUCGCAGGCCCAGGGGCGGGCAGCGUCGUCUGGUUGCCACUUUCACGCUGGACAUAAAGUUCUAUUAAAUGGAAAAUGCGGAAAA